UGAGGAGGAUCGUGAGGCAGACGAACAGGCAUAAUUAUUGAUACACAUGUGCAAAGUUCUUUAUAAGCAGGAAGCCUCGAUCUUAUCUUUUAUUUUCUAGCGCAUUUGGCGGUUUGUUUUAUGCUGGAUUAAUUGUAUCCAGUGGUGGUAAAAGGGUAGAAGAUAUCUUUUGACGACGUGGGGUUACGUGUGAGGCUGUGGAAUAUUAGAAAUAUAUAAAUACUUUUCUUACGAUCUCUAGAAUUCUCAUACUUAUAUGAUCGUCUACUUAGAGUAUCACAACAUCGCAAAUUAUCGGAUAAAGCCAGGAAAACCAUCCAAAUCCUUUCGCUAUCGAUAUCAUAUCUUUUGAUAAGGCCUUGAAAUGCCAGGUCAUCGUUCCCAUCACACUCAUAAUCCUCACUAUUCAUCCGAACUCACACAUCGAUUACCACCAAGAUUUAAUCCGCCUCCGCCUCCGCCUCCGCCUCCGCCUCCAUCAGCAGAAGUCCGUUGUUUGAUCAUUCGAUACGCAUCUUUAAUUCACACUAGUGAUCAUGCCCGCUAUGGCCUACCGUAUGUUCGACAUUUCCGUAAUUCAAAUCGAAGAGGUCUGGUUACAGAUGUUCCUACCAGUGGAGUAGUCAGCAAGAAUAAUCUUAAAAGUAUUGUUACGGAUAAAUUGACAGAGAUGAUGAAUCGGGAGUUUGCUAAUUGGUAAGUGGGAUUUUGGAUGAUAGUUAGGAUCCAGUUGGGAUAUGGUCUAGAAGGAAGUUUGAUCUGCAUAUGUAUAUGGGGAUGGGUAUUAAGGAGAUUAGAAGCUGAAUGUCUUGUUUGCUAUAUAGGAAGUUUAUCGGUGCGGAGAGAUCAAUGCCCGGUCCGCAGAGUAAUAAUACACCACAUGGUUAUAGGGAGAGGAGAGCAAACGUUUAUAUCGAGAGAAGACAAUGAGGAAGUUUGGGAGAAGUGCUCUUGGAAGAAGAUUUAUUUGUGCGUGUGGUGGGUUAUUGCGAUGGCUACUUCUUUGAUAAUUGGGAUUUGAUGACAUUGCUUGAGGAUUUGUAUUAAGGGUUAGGAGACUAUCUGGUUUUCUCCGAUUUGGGUGUUGAUGUCAGUAUAGUAGCUCCGCAUGCGAUGUUGGUUUUGUUUUGAGUUCGGUGUUGGAUCAAGCGAGUGUUGUCUCCAGAUUAUUGUGUCUGGACUCUGAUAUCCUGUGCUCGUCCCCUUUGCUUAGAUUUCGUCAAGCACAACCGUUGACUUGAAUUUCAUUCUCCAGAUCUGCCAUCUAUGGCUAGAGAUCAUGAAGGUCGUGACGGACAAAUGAGUUAUGCAGGCUUCGCUUUGUUUGGUCGCAAUGGCAAUAUGAUGCUCACUGUUUCCGUCGAAAUCAUUGGGCCUGUUCCUGUUAAAUUCUAAAUUUGCAGAUGUCAAGGACAUGAAAUUGAUUUGUUG